GGAAGGGAAAUCUUCGCAGAGUGCGCACGCUUUUCGUUAAUAUUUUCUAGCAAUCGAAAUGACCUUUCUUCGCUUUUACGUUUCCUUGGUCGUGUUUGCAAGCGUCUCAAAACAGUCGAACUCGACGCCAGCAAGAGAAUCGUCCAACAGUGGAUGCGGCCUUUCCAGAACGCGUUGUGCUACUGAUGUUUGCAGUUGGAAGGCGUUGAAAGACUACAGCCAAUCCGAGCACGUGAGUAGGUUGGCGUUGCCAACCUGGUGCUCUUCAAAUAGUGCAUGCCACUACUGCAAUAAAACGGUACUAAAUCAAAGAUUAUUUAUUGCAAAAGACACAGAAAACAUCGGUGGCACUUCUGCAAACCACAAUUUUUGCCCGAGCACAGAUAAUUGUGACGUUUUGGGAGAUAUCUACAACUUGAAAAAUUCUUGCCCUUGUAAAGGGACUCCUAUGUCAGGAGCUCUUUCACCACUAUACUUGCAAGAAGAAAUUAUUCUUGUGAACUUGACCUCUUUCAAAAGUUGCCACGAGCUCGAGGCAGAUAUAUAUGUGCAUUUUAAAUUGUCAUUAAAAGAACCUUCGUGUGGCAUUGCCAAAGUUCCUAUGCAUGAACUCUGUGGACCAGUAAUUGUUCAUGAUUCUGCACACGGGUGGGAUUUCUUCUGGCAGAUAUCGUCAACGAGCUAUGAUCCUGUAUGGACAUGGGAUUCGAAGAGUGUUCAUUUUAUUAUGUCUACUUACUGCUGUUCUUCAAGCUCAUCCAAUCCAAAGUCAAACACAAACAUAACCGUUUUCGUCAACGUUUCGUUUGAGGGUGAAACAAAACCGAUCGUAACCGCAGAAAAUAUUGAUUUACUUCAGAAAUGCAAUUCUGCGUCCAUGCUAAAACUAAAUAUCAAUUAUCCUCUUCAAUAUGCUCAAUCGUUGUCUUACAUCGAUCCAAACACUUCUGGUUUUUCUUGCCUGCCCAAGAAUGGUUACAGAGCAGGAAAUGCGCUUAAAGUGCCUUAUGCGUCGUCUGUUACGUGCACAGUAAGACUGAAAUGUUUACAAACUAGCAGUCACAUGUCGUCUAAGUGCGGAGACAAGAGACUGGAAGAAAACGUUCUCAUUAGAGCGUUGUCUUCUAACUGUAAAAACGAGCUAAGCCUAUCAAGCUGGUCAAGUUUAUCGCACGGUGUACGAAUGACAUAUGUAGAAACAAAUGAGUUCGUGUGGAAUGGAUCAGUUCCAAAAGAUCUUAAACAUUGCUUGGUCACGCUUCAGGCUGUUCUCAAUUACACCAAAAGGCAAGAUCUGAAUAUACCAGUAAACCAAACUAUCAAUACAACUUUCACUGUGGAGUAUAACUGUUUGAAACAAAAUUGUAAUGAGCCGGGCUCUCUAGGAUGUGACAAAGAUUCUACAUUACAGUGUAAAUGCAAAAGUGCGUGCACUGGGUUGACAUCCUAUGGAGGCGAUAAGUGUGCAGAACUGCCUUGGUGUGCAAAGACAUCUAAUUUGGUAGGAAUUGGGUUAGGUUGUUUUGUGGCAGUAACUGUCACUACCAUCUUCUUCAUCUGCAAGAUAUGCCAAAAAAGAUCCUACAGAAGACUGGAUCAACAACCCAAUCAAAGCAACAAUGGCGAAUGAACUAAAACAUUAGAUAUGUAUACAUGUCCAUAGCACAUGCAGUGUCGCGAACGUCUGUUGUCAUCUUGCUGGAUGUUGUUGAUUAGCUGUUUCGAUCAAUUGCUAGAUUAUCUACGUAGUAAUUUUACGCAGGUGUGUGCACCAGCGCAAAAAGCGGGGGUGAGGGGCUGCUCGCUCUCGCUCAGAGUAGGAAUUAAAAUUUUCUGUGCCAGU